AUGAACAAGAUCCCACAGGAAUGCCGAGAUAUUAUCGGUUCGUUCCUCAGAAAACGGGAUCAUUCAAACCUUGCAUUAGUAUCGAAAAGCUUCUACGGCUACUUCAGCUCCGCUAAUUGGAGAUCCGUCAAGCUUCGAGGCACACCAGAGAAGCUCUAUCAAAUGUUGGGGUUUUUCCUGGACGUAAAGUACACCACAAAGCACUCUCUUAUCAAAUCUGCUUGGAUGAUCGUAGAUUACUACCAUUUGGGACCCGAGGCACCCGUUGGCCUCGCUACGCGCAUUGUGGACAGCCUCUCGCGAAUGACCUGUGUCACAUUCCUUUCGCUAAAUAUGAUCGUCAAAGAAUCCGGUUUUGAUUUUGCAGAAUUCGCCCGUGGUAUGGCUGCAGCCCCUCGAUGGGAUAAACUCAGAUAUAUCGUGCUGGACUGCGAUGACGGUAUUGCCGCUGCUGCCCUCGAUCGCUGCGAACUUGAUGUCCUGGACCACAUAACGCUUACUGAUUGGUGCUUCCGCGACGAAGACGAAAACCAAAUUUACGAAGCUCUCAAGUCUAGAUACUCAGCCCAGCCGCAUUUGCUCAAAUCGCUCCAGAUAAACUUCCCUUAUCAGGAGUCUGACAACGGAACAUGGGACUUUCCUUCGCUCGAUUAUCUGCGAAUCGGUAAUGAGGCAUACUACAAUAACAGUCCAACAUCUGAUGACUCAAGUUGGCAGGAAUUCGACGGUGAAAUCGAGGAACUCUGCAAGGCUUUAAACAAUUCCACCCUCAAAGAGUUCUCUAUCGAGAUCAACAGAAGCCUUGUUAACCAUGAGUUUGUUGCACGAGGCUUGCAAGAAAUCCUUCCCAACGACUACCCAGAUUACUUCGACAAUGACUACUACCUUGAUGGCUUCGACGGUGACAUCGCAGUUGCGAUUGAUAACUGGUUCCUUCAACUUGCCAAAAGGAUUGGUAUCGCUUGUCCGCAAUUUCGUGCAGUUACGAUAUCCUACGGAGACAACGAUGAGGCAUAUUUCGAACGUAUCGGCGACAUGACGUUCGAGUAUAUACAGCAUGGAGCACUAGAGAUAUGGCCCGGAGACGGAGGUCUGUGUGAGUGA